GCAGAGGCUGGAAUUCUGAUCAAACUGGAAAGCACCUCUGGUGCUGGUGGGGGAGCACGUGUAAACGCCGAGGGCCAGGACUCCCUGGAGUCAUUUCAGGAGUGUUGCGAUGAUCUUCAGCGCUCUGCGGAAUGUCUCUACGCGCAGGCGGAGAAACCAUUCUCUCCUGAGCAGGAAAAAAUGGAACAAAAAAUGGCCCAGGAGAUAUCGCAGAACCUGGCCUACCUCUGGCAUUGUUUGCAGUUUGGUCUGGUUCGUCAGGUGGCCGACUUCUUCACUGAUCUGAUGGGACCGAUCAAACACCUCCAGGAGGUCGCCUGUCCUCCACCCGGUGAACCCGUCAACGAAGAGGCCUACCGGAUUGCCUCGGAUACUUUCCUCGUAGGUUUACUUUCCUCUGCUAUAAUUGCUUUUUCCCUUUUAUCUAUCAUGACCCCAAAGUUGGUUUGGUGCAUGGGCGGCCAAGUGAGUCUAGCCGGUCAGGCGGUUGUUUCGGCACGCCGGACAGGGGCUAGUAGUCAGCUCCUGUCUGCCGCCUCGGAUCAUCUGGAUUUGGUCAAACGACACUGGACUGAUUGUGCUGAGCGGACUCGCAACCUCGUAGACGAGGCUGUUGAUGCGAACGCUUUCAUCAAGGCACAAGAAUCGCGAAUCCUCCAGGACACAGAGCGAACGGAAGACAGUGUGGACCAGCGUUGUCCGACCACAGUCGUCAAUUCCACAACGAGCAUCGCUCUACGCGCCAACCGCGUUCUUCAGGUUGCCAUUAAGGAGACAGAAAACAGUGAGGAUGCUGUUUACGUGGACAGGGUGAACGAAGCAGUUCAACGACUGAGAUCCAGUAAGUGCUUCAUAGCUCCCUGUCCCUGUCUCUUCCCACCGGCCAUUGUCAGCUACAGUGCGCGCGACGGAGUCUAA